AAAAUUAUAAUAACACCAAAUAUUCUUCCAUUUGACAGUUCAUUGAUUGAAACAACGAAAUAGCAAUUGAAAUCAUCUCAUAAAUAUUGAACUUUCAAUUCUAUUUUAAGACAUAUCGAGUUUUUGAUUUUGUGCUCCCGCGCUGUACGGAUUACAUAUCGAACGGAAAGGCGGACAUCGAAAAAAGAGUUUCUAGAAAAAAAUAUAAUCAGAAAAGCUUCGUUUUAAAAAUAGCUAUUUCAAACACUUUAAAGCUAAAUAUUUGUGAUAAAAACAUUCUCCAAUUACAUAGCUCGCCUAAUAUCAUCAAAUAAAAUGUCAGGAAUUGCAAUUGCACGAUUGGGAGAAGAAAGAAAAGCUUGGCGAAAAGAGCAUCCAUUUGGAUUUGUUGCGCGUCCUAUGAAAAAUGCAGAUGCAACAUUGAACUUGAUGACAUGGGAAUGUGCUAUUCCUGGAAAGAAAGGAACACCUUGGGAAGGCGGCCUGUACAAUUUACGAAUGAUCUUCAAGGAUGAUUAUCCUACAAGCCCACCGAAAUGUAAAUUUGAGCCUCCAUUAUUCCAUCCAAAUGUCUAUCCAUCAGGCACAGUUUGUCUUUCACUUUUGGAUGAGGAAAAGGAUUGGCGCCCAGCCAUUACAAUCAAGCAGAUUCUUUUGGGCAUCCAGGAUCUCUUGAACGAACCCAACAUUAAAGAUCCUGCACAAGCUGAAGCAUACACAAUUUACUGUCAAAAUCGUUUGGAAUACGAGAAACGAGUUCGAGUACAAGCCCGCGCCAUGGCUGCACCACAGUAAACAAUCAACAUCAGAUUCACACAUUUACCAUCAUAAAUAAUAAAAAUGAAGAAAACAAUCUUUGAACUUCUUGAAUUUUCAUCUAAUAAAUCCAGUUAUGAAAUAAUCUUGAUUUACAUUUAAUUUAAAAAUCUUAUAUUUACGUCAAUGAAUAAUAAAAAGUCCUUUUGACAGUUAUCAGAAUGAAAAUCACAGACAUGGAUUAAAAUUUUUUCCCUUUUAUAAUUCAUUUAUUUAAAUUUUUUUUCUGAUUACUGUCAAAAGGACUUUUUAUUAUUCAUUGACGUAAAUAUAAGAUUUUUAAAUUAAAUGUAAAUCAAGAUUAUUUCAUUUACCUUAUUUAAUUUUAUAAAAAAUAAAAAUAAUCGCAUAGAAUGUAAGAAAAAAUUGAAUUUGAAUCCUUUUAAUCCUUUUCACUUUAGAUUUAAAUUUCUUUUUAAGUUUUCUUCUUAUUCAUUUGACAGAUAAAAAAGUAAAUAAAAGAAAAUCA